UCCAUUUCUUGCGUUCUAAGUCUUUGCACGUUCGAUAUCGACAAAUCACUCCGGUAACCUCACUAUUUACGUUCGAAUAUCCACGUGUACUUUUGGAACGGCUUGACUUUUUUAUUUUAAAAUUAUUCACAUUUUUCGCGUGUAAUUUUCAACGUUCAGAUGUCUAAAUCAGCCACGUUGUGAAACGGACUUUGACAGUUUUUUUUUUUACUUAAACUUAAAACAAAAUGUUAAAUGCUUGCCGAAAAAAAUAUUUAUUGGAUUUUGCUAUAAAGUAAUAUCAAGUUUUGUUUAAGUGUUAUUCUUUGGCAGUAUUACAGUUUAGCUGAUUUAAAGACAAAUAUAACCUUGAAUCUCUCCUAGUACAAAGUAUUGAAACAAUGUUCUACUUAGUUCUGCUAUUCGCCGCCGCGGCGCUACUGAGCGGGGGUCGCUCCUCAAAUGUCAACCGACACAUGAAACUAUUGGAAUUGGAUAAUAAUAUCUUAAAUAUGCAAUCAAAGCAGGCGACAAAGAAAUUCAUAGCUCUAAUAAAGAAGCCAAACCCUGUUAGCUUCCACUCGACUGGAGCCCCGCUGGAGUUGACAUGCGAAGCUGUGGGUACUCCAGCGCCAUCUAUACACUGGUUUAAAAACGACGCGCCCGUUUAUGAGUAUGACUUAGAGUCUAACGAGAUAAUAGACACGAAUCCUACGUCCCUUGCUCGUGUGUCGUCGACGCUGCUGGUGCGUGCGGGGGGCGCUGCGGGCGCGGAGUACUCCUGCCUGGCGGUCGCGGGACACAACACACUUCGUGCCUCAACUAAAGUCUAUAACUCAAAUGGCAGCACCGACCUAUCAGAGCGCAAUAAGCUGCUUCCUUUCGCGCCGCGAAUCCUGGUGACGUACAAAGUGCUAGUGGACUGCAUCGGAUGCAACGUGGUGCUGCCGUGUCGCGCUCGCGGACACCCGCGUCCUAUGUUCUCCUGGCGCGACAAUACCGGCCGGCCCGUCGGCAACGACCCAAGAAUGAAGGUGCUACGUUCGGGCGAGCUGAUAAUAUCUACUCUGCUUUGGACAGACCUCGGCGAGUUCACUUGCCGUGCGACGAACAUGUUCGGGAGCACGCUCGCCACCACUUUCGUCUACCCCGCGCGACCUGAAUGACCGAAUCGCCUGAUAACAGAAAAUAAAUCAAGUAUACUUAAUACAAAUGUUCCUGUAAUAUUAGUUUGUAUUUGUUAGGGGUCAUGCACACUCGACAAGCAAAACGCUGCAUUUAUGUCACUCCCUGAAUUAAACUAGAAAUUUGUAAUGUAUAAGUUACGGAAUUAAAUGUAACAUUAAAAUUCGUCUGCCUUAACACGUAUUGACAAUAUAUGGAUAAGUGUCACGGCACAAAAAUAUUUUAAAUCUUCGUAAUACAUGUAAAAAUUUCAGUCGAAAAACCUGAUCUGUUUAGAUAGUUCUCUGGUUCGA